AUGGAGUUAGAACAACCGCAUAGUAACGCAUCACAUGAAUCGAAGAAAAAAGCUGUAACAAUUGCCUGCUUUGAAGUCAAUCUGACAAUAGCCAACGUAUUUUUUUCGUUUUUGUCAAUCGCCGGUCAGGUUGGAAUGAAAGUGACCUUGCCUCUGUGGGUUGACUCAACAAUACAGACGCCUUCAGAAAGACAUUCAAGUCAUGCUAUCCAAGCCAAUGCAACUGGUAAUUUAUCGAACAAAACUAAUCCCUCCUCAGGAGAUAACGGGAUGUACAACCCUGAAGUUGAUGCAUAUUUUGUCUUAUCAUUUGGGAUCAUAGCUUCGCUUGUUCUUUUUGGAGCAGCGCUGCUCUUCAUUCGCCUCUUUCGACCAAAUCAGCUCGGCGAGGCAGAACGUAGGUUCCCACACUUGCAGCUUUUUUUAGCUGGCUUCUUCAAUGCAAUGAAUGGAGUUUUUGUCGUGUUUGCCAGCAGCGGAAGCCGGACAGCUCCCUACCUGCAAGCAAUUCUCGGCAAUGUCAUGAUUCCUUUUAUUAUAGUACUUCGGUGAGUAAAAAUUCGUCACUAAAUGCAUAAUCAACGCAGUUGAAUAAACUUUGUUAAGUAGGGUAGGGUCCGCGUAGCAGAGGUAUGUUUCAUGUCAUCAUGUAAAGUUUAGUUUUGACCGACGGCUUCUAGAAAAUCUAAUAAUAGACUGAUAAAAUCGAAUUGUUUCCUCAAAAACGAAUCAGCUGGGGAAUUUCGGUUUUUUCAGUGUCAUAUUACCAUCCAGCAAACACAUUGUAGUUGAAAUUUGCUCGCUAUGAGAUGACCCUAAACGCAUCUCUUCUAGAUAGGACAGUCUGAGCAUAAUUGGUAUUAGAUCACAUAAUAAACAUCUUCCCUGUAAUUUAGAUAUUUGGUUCUGCGUAAAGUGCCGACCCUUCGGAAAUUCGUCUGUGCCAUGAUUGUAUUGAUUUCAUUGUUCAUUUGCCUCAUUCCGAAGAUAUUUACUUCUAUUGAUCCUGAAGCAGACAGUUCUGGUGGAGCUAGCGGGGUUGCAGGGAUCUUGUGGCCACUGUGUUUUAUGUUUGGUUCU